AUGUCUUGGAAUCGAUCAACUAUCAUCUAUCAACUUUUUCUCGCUAUCCUGCUUGUCGCAGAGUUUGGGUCUCAUAUUUUCGUAUCUGCUAAUGCACUAGAUUGCAAGUUCGGUUAUCAUAAAACCGGCUACGUUUAUGUGUGCACGCCAGAAGACCACGCCACCUAUAUCUGCCAACAUUGUGGAAGGGCUGAUGGACUGUUACCCAUUGGUCUUGACUGCGUUGAUGAAGCCGGAAACCAAGUAGGCAAGGAGAACCGGGGGAAGUGGUGGACUUGCGACUAUGAAUUGAGCCCUUUGAAAACAACCCCUCGCUCAGACCAAAGAAACACCCUUUGUCAGCACAUCAUUGACAAUUCUGGAGGGAGAGCCACAUACUAUUGCAAGGCUCCCGGGAGGUACCAACAAUGUACGUCGUGUGAAUGUACUACGUGCAAAUGA